UUCCACGUCUACCACAACACCACAAUGCCCUCAGUCUCCCUCUCCUCCUCCUUCCUCCCCCAGCUCCCCCUCCUCCCAAAGGUUGGCCACACCCGCUGCUGUCAGUCUCCUUUCCUUUUCUCUUUCUUAUGCUCACCCCCUCCAGACUGGUCUCUUCUCUCCUCAAACCUCCACUUCAUCUACCUCGAUCCUGUCCUCGCAAGCCAUCUCGGCGAACAGGCAAAUCACCUGAUCGGAAAGUCCCUAAUCCAGUUCGUACAUCCAGAAGAACAGGCUUCCGCAGAAUCAGAUUUAGGAGGCGUCUUGGAAAGCAAGACAAUGCAU